AUGCUCUUUGACUCUGACAUAAAUGUCUCUUCGUUUGCGGCCGCCUCUGGCUAUAUAGAAGGCUCUUAAUUUGUUUUUAAGUUCAUUAAAUCAAAUUAUUAAAGUAGAAAUAGUACUUAAAUUUAUAUUAUUUUGCAACUAACUAAAACAAUGACCUGGGGAUUCGUCACUUGUGGUCCUAACGAGGCUCUCGUAGUGUCUGGAUGCUGUUACUCGAAGCCUCUGCUGGUGCCGGGGGGGCGCGCGUUCGUGUGGCCCUCCAUCCAGCGCGUGCAGCGGAUAUCGCUCAACACCAUGACGCUGCAGGUGGAGUCCCCCACCGUCUACACGAGCCAGGGAGUGCCGAUAUCUGUCACGGGAAUUGCGCAGGUUAAAAUUCAAGGACAGAACGCCGAGAUGCUGCUGUCAGCAUGCGAGCAGUUUCUGGGCAAGUCGGAGCAGGAGAUACAACAUAUAGCCCUUGUGACCUUGGAAGGUCACCAGCGUGCUAUUAUGGGCUCCAUGACAGUCGAGGAGAUCUAUAAAGACAGAAAAAUGUUCUCCAAAAAGGUGUUCGAAGUGGCUUCAAGUGAUUUAAUCAACAUGGGCAUAACAGUGGUUUCCUACACCCUUAAAGACAUAAGAGAUGAAGAGGGCUACUUGAAAGCGCUGGGCAUGGCGCGCACGGCGGAGGUGAAGCGCGACGCGCGCAUCGGCGAGGCGGAGGCGCAGGCCGAGGCCAAGAUCAAGGAGGCCAUGGCCGAGGAGCAGCGCAUGGCCGCUCGCUUCCUCAAUGACACCGAAAUCGCAAAGGCACAACGUGAUUUCGAACUCAAAAAGGCAGCUUACGACGUUGAAGUUCAAACUAAAAAGGCCGAGGCAGAAAUGGCCUACGAACUACAAGCAGCCAAAACGAAGCAGAGAAUCAAAGAGGAGCAAAUGCAGAUCGCGGUCGUGGAACGUACGCAAGAGAUCGCCGUUCAGAAGUGGGAGGUGCAGAGGCGCGAGAAAGAACUCGAAGCUACCAUCCGCAGGCCCGCCGAAGCGGAGAAGUUUAAGCUGGAGAAACUGGCGGAAGCGCACAAGCUGAAGACCGUGCUGGAGGCCGAGGCCGCCGCUGAGGCAGUCAAAGUUCGGGGAGAGGCUGAAGCAUAUGCCAUCAAAGCAAAGGCGGCGGCGGACGCGGAGCAGAUGGCAAAGAAGGCCGAAGCCUGGAAGGAGUACGGGUCUGCGGCCAUGGUCGACAUGAUGCUUGAGACCUUGCCCAAGGUGGCCGCGGAAGUGGCGGCGCCACUGUCGCAGGCGCGGAAGGUGACAAUGGUGUCGUGCGGCGGCGGCGAGGUGGGCGCGGCCAAGCUCACGGGCGAGGUGCUCAGCAUCGUGCAGUGCAUCCCCGAGCUCGUCAAGGGCGUCACCGGCGUCGACAUCUCCAAGGCGGUCGCGGAGCCCCCGACGGCACCCACGCCGACCCCGUCGCUGCGCGGCGACUCCGCGCGGAAGGCACGAUAACUGGCACUCUCCACGCAACCUUUGUAUGCUCAUCGAGGGUGUGCGCGCUAUGUAAAGCCGCAGGCAACGCCGCACAGUAACAACAGGCAAAAGUAAUUUCGGCAAUCUUAAAUGUUCUAUGAAUUGUAUUUGUUUUAUGAUUCUUACCUUGAAUUUUAUUACUAAUCAAGGAUCAGAGAAUUUAUUGUACCUAAGUGCCACUGUCUUAUUUAAUUAAUAGUUGAGUAACUCAUCGCGGUUUUAUUUAACGAUAAAAGGUAUAUUACAAUAGGCAACAAGGGUACUUUGCUGACGUGCUCUAAAAAUAAUAUGUAUUCUUGUAUUCUGGUAUACAAUGUUCUAUUGUUAUCUCAAUCUAUGAUGACUGUCUCAUAAAAAACUAAUAUAAAGUAUAGUUAAUUCAAAAACUAGUAACUUUGAUCCCAAGUGAGAGACGUAGUUUUAAAUAUAUGUUUAUAUGGUCAGUAUAGAUAAAUGAUCGAUCUGAAAAGUGGAUGUGUUCUGUGGUGUUCCUCGUGAUGCAGGCGUGAGGCGCGGGGCGCGAGUGAGCAGAGGCGGCGGGUCCGGGAGAUAUAGGUAGAACAGGUUUGCUUCUAGAGGAUGCUCCACGAGCUAUUUGACCUAGAGUAACUUUAAAAUGUUUGACCAAUCGCCUAAAUUUUCCCAAAGUAGAAAAAUUACAUGAUAAUGAUUGUUAUACAAAAAACGAAACCUAUAUUUUUUUAAUUAGCUAAAACUGUCGUUAAGGUAUAUCUAAAUGUUUCGUGUUCAACAAAGAGGAGUUUAGAAGUCCUAGCUGUAAUUUAGUACACUCCUAGAUAUUGAUGUACUUUUUUAAUAUACUCAAUAUUUUCUACACGAUAAUCGAGAAAGCAAACCUGCGUUCUGCUUGAAUUCAUGUAUUAUUUUUGCGUCAACGUAUUACCUGAUUCGGCCUCACCUAGUAUAUUAAAAUUGUAUAUUGUUAUAUAUAAGCAUUAAGCAUCACUUUCGUCAACUUUAUUUUGCUGUAUUUUUGCGAGAAUGGUAUUGAAAAAUUUAAAUCUGUGAUCGGGAAUAAUUUUUUGUCACAUCUUACUCGUGAGGUGCUUCAUUCCAAUAGCAUUUCAGAGGAUUAGUUACUAAUCUUGUGAUACUUCUGAUUACUGAUUUAAAUUUAUAGUCAACGAACUUGCAAUGAAGUAGUUGUUAAGACUGUUACUCUACCCUUAGUCCCUUACUGGGCAUGUGCGGCAUACGACCACUUGGGCGCUCUCGAGUAACGAGCUUUGAAACCUGAAGGGUAACGGGAACAUCUUCGUUGAAGCGCAAGUCUUGUAGAGAUAAACCAUUUCUAUAAUACGCGCUCCUCCAGAGCAAGUCCUGACUUUUGUUGUGCUUGAGCGCGUUGCAUCUAUGAGAUUACUUUAGAUGUGAACGUAGGACGUAGGUGCUCUGAAGGGACGCAUAUUUAUAUGUGGAUUAUCUUUAUUAUCACACUAAUCUACGUAUAGAGAGAUCUGAGUCAUAAAUUUUGAUAUCCUCGCAUUGAGAUCUUUAUAGGUAUUAAAAUAAAAAGUCGCUACUUAAUACCGGUAUACAUAUAUCAGGCUUAAGUACGUAGGUUCGCAUGUUAACUUUAUAUAAUUAUUUGUAAAAUAUUUUCUUUAUGAAGAUUUUAUUUACCUCGAAGCCGGUUUUCGAACUUUUUUUGAUGCCGGUGCCAUAUUUUUUGUAUUGUUUUUAAUAUUAAAAAUGUUUUAAAUCUUAAUUAGAUUUUAAGCGUGACAUGAUUCUAAAUAUAUUAAAUGUGAAAUGACAUUGAUGUUGCAUUAUGAGUUUUAUAAGUUCGAAAUUGUUUGAAACCAAAGUACGGCACAAAAACUUUGCAUUUGUAUUUUUACUUAUUGUGUUGUUACAUUUCAUUGCUUAUCUAUUUACUAUUAAAUGUAAAGCAGACAUUACACUGAUGCGUCAUGUGUAAAAAAAACAUGGUUUUGUAUUCUCGCCUAAGUCUAAUAUUUCAGGUAUAAGUAUUUGGUUAUAGGCUCAUAUGGCAGUAGAUACACUGUUGUCACUCAAUCGGAUACAUUAAUUAACUAUUUCAUUUGUUGUAUGUCUACAGUACCUCAAUACGAUGAUCAUUGUCUCAGUGUGAUGUAAUGAAAUAAUCUAUGCUUAAAAAACAGAUAGAAAUAUUUGAAAAUAUUUCAUAAGUAUAUGAUGUGAAGGCACUUUGAGUGGCAAUGGCACAAUAGAGAUCGAGUUAUGUUUGGUGUGGAUAAAAAUAACAAAAACUAUGUGUAAAGUGGUUUUUAUUCGUGUAUAUUCAUUAAAAAUUGCAGAUAA